AUGUUCACAACUGUUCCAGUGAAUAAUAUGAUUCCCAUAUGGCUGAUCGUUUCUGGUGGUGUCAGCUGCUUGCGGUACACACUACAUAUUUGCUUCGGAAUAGUGGAUCGAAACAAAGGCGAUCUGCUCAAAAUACGUGCAUUCUUGGAACUCUUCUUUUGCAUAUUUUGGAUUAUUUGGUUAAUUCUUGGUACUUUCUGGACCUACAGUGUCAGCAAAAUUGUUACAUACGACAAACAAGAUGGUUCUACUUACUGUGAUCAUCUUACCUAUGUAUUGGCUUUUGUCAUUAUCACCGCCAUUUGGGUGAUUAUGGUAAUGUUUCUAGUCUCUUGCUGUUGCUGUUGUUGUAUCUGUUGUGUUGCUGCGUUGUGGCCAAACGCUCCCCCUUCUACAUCCAAAGAAAAGGAAGAAAAGGUUGAUGAGUAA